AAAAUAUUGGCCGAAACGACGGCUUGCUAUAAUAUAAGUUUUCCUUGUCUGUUAUUUUAUCGAUGACCACACCCCUAACAAACUUUUCCUAUAACAAUUUUCUUUUUAUUUCUCCAAAAGGACCUCUUUGGUAUUAUUUUUGGGAGGUUAUAGCGCUGCUUGGAAAGUUCAAGUUGUCCUUAUGUUUGUUACUUAUGGAAAACGAUAGAAAUUCUGCUUUUACGUUGUUGCAGCCGGAGCUUUUAAAUGAAAAACAGUUGAGAGAGAUAUUGAUAUCAAGAUGUGUCUCAAGGAAUUUGAAUGCCUGCAGCAAAGAUGAACUGGUUGAAUUAUUUCGUUCCAUUGCAUUGCCCUUACCUCAAAGAGAAUAUGGUGAUAGCAGGAGAGAAAAACUUCUUUCUAAAAAGCAGCAGAAAAGGAGAAGAAUUUCUAUUUCAAAUAAUGAAUCCAACAGUUCUGUGGCUGUGCCAUCAAAAUCUGAUGAAGAAAGCAAAAAGUCCAGUAAGUUAGCAGAAGAUAAGGUGUCAGAAAGACUGAAGCCUCCUCCAGACCAGAUAAACUUUCAAAGAAAAGUAAUUAGGCUUAGCGAUUCAGCAAAAAAACGAAUUAACAUUGAAUUGGACAAAAUAGUUAUUAAAAACAAGCAAAAUAGUAAAGAAACGACCAACAUUGCCAUAUCAAAAGAUGAGUCGAGUAAUCCUAAGAGGUUGUGUACUAGUGCGGAAGUCAACGGGAAGAAGGACAUUGAUACAAAGAACAGUGUUGUUUCUACGACCGCAGUAAAGCUUAAAAGGAACUCACUAGAUAUUAAUACAGAUCAGAAGUCAGAAGAAAAGAAAAAAGGAGAAGAAAAAACACCCCAAAAGAAAAGGCAGAAAAUAGUAAUAUCAUGGUGAUAAAAUAAAAAAUAUAUGUUUCAUAGCCAUUGGAGCCUGUCAGAGUCAUGUACAUAGUUUUUUACUACACCAUACUUAUCUGUUAUAUAUUUCUUAUAUAAGAUAGUAAAAAUAUUUUUAUUUAUUAACAAUUAUUUUAAAUUGUUUGUGUAAUAUUUAUUAUUACUAAGUAUGUCAUAGCAAUAACUUUUUUAAUUUGCUAACCUUGCACUUGUUGCAUUUUUUUACUACUGUAUAUUUUUCUAAGUACCCAUAUGCCGUAAUGUGAUAGUACAUAUUUUAAAUAUAUGGUAUGUGUUUUGCCUUUGAACUGUUUUAUAUUAAAUCAUUUUGGUAUUAU